CUUGCUUCUAGGACUGGAAAACUGCUAAAGGGUGGUGAGCCUGAUGUGCAAACGGUGAGCAAGAUGGUUCUCAACGACUGGCAGAGGGGCAGAAUUCCAUUCUUUGUGAAGCCACCUAAUGCAGAAGCAGGUCCCCAGCCUCCUGUGUCGGAAGAAGCAGUAGCAACAAGCCAGGAUAAGAGGGAGGAGAAAAUCUCCGAGCCGGUAGCAUCAAAUGUGGAGCCAGCAGAAGAGAAAAACAACACGGAUGGUGAAAUUAAGCAACUUAUGUCACACGUCCGGCAGAACUUUGGGAGGAUUAAUGUGGCGCCUGAGUUCUCAGAAGAAGACCUGGUUCCUGUAGAUGUGUCAGGCUUUGAAACAGACAGCGAUUCUCCUGCAGAGGAGGAGGAGGAAGAGAAGGAAAACGAGCAACAGCAAGACUCUGCAAUAGAGGGGGAAUCACAGUCAGCUGUGCAAGAUGCCAGGGAGAGCUCCAAGGCAGUUAUUAAGGCUUUGGAGGAAAAGAUUGCAAAAUGCAAAAAAUUCCUGGAUAAAGCCAAAGCCAAGAGAUUCUCAGCAAUAAGAAUCCCUAAACAGCUGAGUGAAAAAGUAUUUGCAAGAUCAGAACGGAAGUCUGAAGAACCCAAAGAAAACGAAGACAGAGGCUGCACAGAGAAGAAGAGAAAAAGGAAAGCAGAAGAGGAGGAGGAUGAUGACCAUUUGACUAAACAGCCCUGCAAGAAACUCACAUCCAAAGAAAGGAGACGAGCUGAGAGGCAGCAGCGCUCCAAGAAAGUUGGAGUUCGGUAUUAUGAAACCCACAAUGUGAAAAAUAAGAACAAGAACAAGAAAAAAAGUGGCUUGGAGGGACAAAGAUCAAAGCACAAGAAAUACAAACAUAAGUAGUAACUGCUGGUUCUAUUAAAUUUUACAUAAAACA